AUGGCAUUAAUUAAGCUGCCAAGUAUGCUUAAUUAUGUCUUUCCAAAGUUUAAAAAGUGUGAGGACUGUGUGUAUUCCUUUUCAGUACUUGUUUUCAUGGCCAUGGGGGUGUUGUUGAUUUUAUUAGUCAUAUUGGUGUAUUUGUUCUUGAAAGUUGCUUAUGAAACUGUUUCAUGUUACUAUCUAACACCAAGACACAUCAAGAAAAUCAUGGAAAAGCAAGGAGUUCGUGGCCCCAAACCUCGGUUUCUUGUCGGAAACAUAUUGGACAUGGCCUCCCUGUUGGCUAAAUCCACCUCUAAGGACAUGGACUCCAUCAACCACGACAUCGUCAGCCGCCUUUUGCCUCAUUUCGUCUCCUGGACUAAACUAUAUGGAAAAAGAUUUAUAUAUUGGAAUGGAAUCGAACCACGUAUGUGCUUGUCAGAGACUGAUUUGAUUAAAGAGCUUUUAUCAAGACACAGUGCCGUUUCUGGUAAAUCAUGGCUACAACAACAAGGCUCCAAACAUUUCAUCGGUCGAGGUUUAUUAAUGGCGAAUGGAGACGAUUGGUACCAUCAGCGUCACAUCGUGGCACCAGCAUUCAUGGGAAACAAACUCAGGAGCUAUGCGGGGUACAUGGUGGAAUGCACCAAGCAGAUGCUCCAAUCACUACAAAAUGCAGUAGAGAUGGGCCAAACAGAGUUUGAGAUUGGGGGACACAUGACUCGUCUCACUGCUGAUAUCAUUUCUCGGACAGAGUUUGAUAGCAGCUACGAGAAAGGAAAGCAAAUAUUCCACUUACUAACAGUUCUACAGCAUCUUUCUGCACAAUCCAGCCGGCGCUUGUGCUUCCCCGGAAGCCGGUUUUUACCCAGUAAAUAUAACAGAGACAUUAAAGCAUUGAAGACGGAGGUAGAGAAGCUGUUAAUGGAGAUAAUACAGAACAGAAAGGAAGGUGUAGAGAUAGGCCGAAGCAGUUCAUAUGGGAAUGAUUUACUGGGCAUGUUGUUGAAUGAAAUGCAGAAGAAGAGAGACAAUGGGUUUAGCUUAAACCUGCAGGUGAUUAUGGAUGAAUGCAAAACCUUCUUCUUUGCUGGGCAUGAGACCACUGCUCUCUUGCUUACAUGGACAGUGAUGCUGCUUGCUAGCAAUCCCUCUUGGCAAGACAAAGUCAGGUCUGAGGUCAAUCAAGUCUGCAAUGGUGGUGCUCCUUCUGUUGACCACCUCUCAAAACUCACCUUGUUGAACAUGGUGAUCAAUGAAUCACUCAGGCUAUAUCCCCCGGCCUCCGUUCUCCCUCGAAUGGCGUUUGAAGAUAUCGAGCUGGGUGACCUUCAUAUUCCAAAGGGUCUAUCAAUAUGGAUCCCAGUCCUAGCCAUUCAUCACAGUGAAGAAAUAUGGGGUAAGGAUGUGAACGAAUUCAACCCCGACCGGUUCGCCUCCAAAUCAUUCUCACCCGGACGGCAUUUUCUCCCUUUCGCUGCCGGCCCUCGGAACUGUGUUGGUCAGUCUUUUGCCUUGAUGGAAGCUAAGAUCAUUUUAGCCAUGUUGAUAUCGAAGUUUAGUUUCAAUAUUUCAGCGAACUACCGCCAUGCACCGGUAAUUGUUCUUACGAUAAAGCCCAAGUAUGGAGUUCAAAUUUGCUUGAAGCCCUUGAAUCCAUGA